AUGCCGCCAAAAAGAGGCGGAGGUCUUCGUGGAAGAAGAAAAGGUGAACAAGACAAUUCAAAGUCAAACACACUGACCACCAAUACACCGCAACAACCUACUACAAUAGAAGAGAAACAACAAACAACUAAUAUAAAAUUUGAAUUUGGAAUUGCACCGUUGAUUCUUGAAGCUAAAUCGCUCACAAAAGUCAAAAUCAACCAACUUAUCAAAAACCAUUUACCAGAUGUCAAAGUUUCAAAUAUACAAGUAAACCGACCAAACACAUUCACUCUUUAUGCAAAUGAUGUAAAAUCAUUCAAUCGAUUGCUGAAUGAUUUAACUUCGAUUAUCCAAGAUAAUGAUAAACAAUGUUCUUCUAUUUACAUUCCUCGUUCUAUUCAAAGAAUAUUGGAGAAUAAUAAAGAAGCAUUCGUCAAGAAGGUCGACUUAGAAAUAAGUGAUGAAGAUAUCAAACAAACACUAAAUGAACAAGGUUUCAAAUACGAGAAAAUCACUCGUUUAAUGAAUAAAGAGAAAAUACCACUUAAAACAAUAAAAAUCACUUUUUCUGAUUCAUCAAAUAGAGAUUUGUUCGUUAAACUCGGUUUGCAAAUCGACUCGAUGCAUUUCAAUGUUGAGCCAGCUAAACACAACAACACACCGUCUCAAUGUUACAAAUGUUUUAAAUACGGUCAUGUUGCCAAGUAUUGUAGAUCAGAUAAUCAAUUAUGUUCUAGAUGUGGAGGUGCAAAUCAUAAAUAUGAUGAUUGCCCUAAUAGUAGUCAAAAACCUACAUGUAGCAACUGCAAAGGUGAACACUUUGCAACGUCUGCAAAUUGUCCAAAGUACAAAGAUUAUCAACAAAAAAUACAGAAAACAAUUGAACAAUAUUCAUCGUCAGUAAAACAAAGGCCAUCAACACAAACACAUCCAGAUUGGAAUAACAAAGAUGAGUUUCCAGUUCUUAAAAGUCCUCAUAAAAAUGAUCAAAUACAAAUCAUUGAAAUACUUACAGAAAAAAUGAUGUCAAUUAUUGAACAAGCAACACAAAAAAUUUUUGAUACCUUCAAUCAAAGAUUUGAAGUACUCACGAACCAAUUUACCAAGAAGUUUAACAUUGAAAUCGACGAAAUUUUCAAUGAAGAAGAGAAUAAUAAACAAGAAUCAAAUAACAAGAAAAAAUCAACAAAUAGUCAAGAUGAUUUAGUGCAAGAGUCACUGGAUAAAGCAACUCAAAAUGAAAGUGUUGAAUUUACAUCUACUCCAAUCAUUGGAUCGAAACGUAAAUAUAUUUCACCAAGCAGCUCAUCUGAAAAACCAAUUACCACAGUCAAAGAUUCAAAAAUUAGUCAUGAUAGCAAAAUCGAUGAUAAUAUUAAACCAAAUAAAUGA